UUUUUUUUCAUUUUGUUCGUGUUUUGUGUUUUAGCAAAAUGACGGCGGAAAUAAAUAAAGGUCCACUGCUCGGCCAACGCCAUCUACAGGUGUUUUUGCUCUUCACCUCGAUUGUGGUGAAUUAUAUUGCGAAAUUUAAUGCGAGUGUUGCUGUAGUCGCCAUGACGGAUGCCGAAACAACAAACCCCAACUUUCCGGAAUAUGAUUGGACUGAUUGGCAAAAACAGUACAUACUCUCCAGUUUCUUUUGGGGCUACUUUAUAACGCAAUUCCCGGGCGGUUAUUUGUGUCGCCGCUUUGGCGCUAAACGCACUAUGCUUAUUUCAACGCUGGGCUCCUCAGUUUUGGGCUUGCUACCGCCAUUAUGUGUCAGCUGGGGCGGUUGGGGUGUUUAUUGCGGCUUACGUGUGAUCCAAGGUUUCUUCCAGGGCUUUAUGUUUCCCUGCGUACAUGCACAUCUCGCCGCCUGGUGUCCGGUGAGUGAGCGCAAUCGUCUCGGCGCUUUGGCGAAUACAGGCAUUGAAUGCGGCACACUGCUCUCGAUUUUCGUCAGUGGUAUUAUUGCAUCGGGCAGUUUAGGUUGGCCCGGUUUAUUUUAUGUCUCUGGUGGUCUGGGUGUAGUUUGGUGUGUCGCUUGGAUAUUUUUAGCCGCUAAUCAACCGAAUGAAUCGAAAUUUAUUUCAACUGCUGAAUUGAAUUAUAUUAACGCUGAGAGACCAGUAACCAAAGAAUUGGAAGCUGGUGAAGUGGAAGGUAAAGUUCCAGUGCCAUGGCGUGGCAUUUUAACAUCUCUGCCAGUUUGGGCUUUGGUUGUUGCACGUUCGGCACAUUCAUGGGGCUUCUCCACGCUGCAAGCUGAAAUUCCUACCUAUAUGAAGGGCGUACUGAAUAUGGACAUGAAGAAGAAUGCACUUUACUCUGCGCUGCCUUAUUUGGCCAUGUGGUGUAUGUCUUAUGUUUAUUUAAUUAUAUCCGAUGUGCUGCUCAAUCGUAAAAUACUCUCCCUCACCGGCAUACGUAAGACUUUCAAUACACUGGCGCUUUGGACUCCAGCUGUUGGUCUAAUUGCCGUGGGCUUCUUGGGUGAGGAUCAAAAGACUUUGGCCGUUGUAUUAAUGACUGCAAAUGUGGGCAUAAAUGCGGGCUCAACUAUUGGCAGUGCACUGAACACGAUCGAUCUGUCGCCCAAUUAUGCGGGCAUACUUAUGGGCAUCGUCAAUUCGGCGGCCAAUGUGGUACCAAUACUCACACCGCUGUUGGUGGGCGUGAUAGUUCAAGACCCGAAUAGUCGGACACAAUGGCAAAUAGUGUUCAUCAUAUCAGCGGCUGUCUUCUUCCUGGGUAAUUUGUUCUACUUAGUUUUUGGUAGAAUGCAAUCGCAACCAUGGGACCAUCCCGAUUAUUUGCUUCCCAAAGGAAACGGCGGCGUGCUGCCCCCUGCGGAGAAAAAUGAAGAGACAAUCGUUCGGGAGAAACGGAAAAGUCUGGAGUCACAAAAAGUAGCGCUUGGAUGAGGCGAUAAAAAUAUAGUGUUAAAUAAGUUAAAUAAAAAAAUUAAAUUAAGU